AUGGUGCUGCGACGCGCACCUGCGUCUCGACAUGAGCGUACGCGUUCCACUAUUUCUUUUUCCGGCCCAGAAAUGGAUGUGGAAGCCGCACACGACCCAAAUGCGGGUAGCAUGCCUGCGUCUCAUUACACAAGCGCCUCUUCCUUCAGCACGUUGGAAGGGCGUAGUUACCGCUUUCAAAAUGUAGUGUCGGAGCACCGGCAAUGGAUGGAGCAUGCUCAGCCGUCUUCGUACACCGCGACCUCAGCAAUCAUUCGCGAGGACACCGCCGAGCUCGGCGAAUUGGCGCUGACUUCUGAAGACGAAAGUGGGAUUUCGCUUGCGACUGCAGAGCAGGAUGAAGAUGAGCAAGAUACGAUUUAUGCCGUGUGCGCGAGUGCCAACAGCGAAGCGGCUGGGUUGGGGACGAUGGGCACGGCGAAGCGUGCAAACCUAGCGACGAUCCCUGACAUGGACGAGGAAAGCUGGCUUAGGGAGGGUGAGCGACACACUUCGUACGACGCAGCAGACUUCCAGUACGAGAAUCCAGGCCGGAGUAUUGUUCCUGGAGAUGCCGCGAUUCUCGCCGUCAGCACGAAAUGGAGUUUGCUGCACCGACUGCGGCGCUCGGCGGCCGCGGCGUCGAAAUCGGCUUUGACCGGGGAUGCAGCUGGGGAAGAGAGAUUGACAUGGGGAGAUAUUGGCACGGCAUGUCUCGCGCCUGUGCGUCAACUACAUGUGGUGAUCCUUGGCGUGCUGCUCAAUAUCCUGGACGGUGUAUCGUACGGCAUGAUCAUGUUUCCCACGUCCUCGAGCGUGUUUUCCGACUUUGGCGGCGACGGUGUAUCCAUGUUUUUUAUGACGUGCAUUAUUUCCCAGCUUGUGUACACGUUGGGCGGCUCUAUAUUCAAGGGCGGAAAUGGCAGUAUGAUGAUUGAAGUCGUACCGUUCUUUCACAUUCUCGUGCAAGGCAUUACCCGCGUGGUCGGCGAAUCGAAUGGGCCGGCAAUUAUCGCGACCACAAUGGUAUCGUUUGCGCUUUCUGCUGUGUUGACGGGCUUGUUAUUCCUUGUGCUUGGGACGCUUCGUUUGGGUGCAUUGAUCAGUUACUUUCCUCGUCACAUCUUGGUCGGAUGCAUUGGCGGUGUCGGUGUAUUCUUGCUCGAGACGGGGUUUACUGUUACUGCGCGCAUUGAAGAAGAAGGCGGGUUUAAAUACGAUUUGGCCAGAAUGCACUUACUCAUUGCAAAUUGGACAGUGACUGCGCAGUGGGCACUCCCGCUCUUUUUUGCAUGCUUCCUCAAUUAUAUCACCGCAAAGAUCCAUCAUCCACUGGUGCUUCCCAUUUACUUUUUGAGCAUUCCAGUGUUGUUUUAUGCUGCUGCGUUUGGCGUGUUUGGUGCAAGCCUGGAGGAUUUGCAAAAAACUGGCUGGGUGUUUGAUUUGGGCGGCGCGUCGUCUGACACUGCAUUUUACCAUUACCUCACCUAUUUUAAUUUGGCAAAUACUAGUUUGGAGGCACUCUGGGCGACGCUGCCUACGCAAUUCGCUCUUGUCUUUUUUGGAAUUCUUCACGUACCACUCAACGUGCCAGCACUCGGCGUCUCUGUAAAUGAGGACAAUGUGGACACCGAUAGAGAGCUCAUUGCCCAUGGCAUAUCCAACAUUGCCGCCGGUUUUAUGGGGACCGUACCCAACUACCUAUGCUACGUGAACUCUGUGCUGUUUUACCGUGUAGGCGGUGGCUCGCGUUUGAGCGGCUUGAUGCUUGCUGGCGCUACUGCGCUGGUCAUGAUGCUCGGCCCGGGAAUGAUUGGAUACCUGCCCGUUAUGGUCGUGGGCGCUUUAAUUUUUGUCUUGGGGAUCGAUUUAGUUCGGGAAGCACUUUACGAUACUAUCGGACGUGUCAGUCGCCUGGAAUACAUUACCAUCGCCGUCAUUGUCGUCGUAAUGACGUGCUCGGACUUUGUGGUCGGCAGCCUUGUUGGAAUUGCUUUGGCUUGUCUUUUCUUUGUGAUGCAGACUUCGCGCCAGAAUGUGGUGCGUACGAUAUUUAAUGGGCAUGCUGCACGCAGUACCGUACGCCGCCAUUCUACACAGCGACGGUUCUUGGACAACAUCGGGCGCCAGACGGUCGUCGUGAAACUGCAAAGCUCGCUAUUUUUUGGCACAAUUAACUCGCUGGAACGACUUGUGCGCCAAAUGCUGGAUAUUAGUGCGUGGGGUCAAAACCCGAUACGGUUUCUCGUUAUGGACUUUACCCUUGUGACCAGCGUUGAUUUUUCUGCGGCAGAGAUGCUCACGCGCAUCCAUCGCUUGCUUUGCAACCGCCAAGUGUGUCUUGUAUUCUGUGGAAUCAAUGCGGACGGCGAUGUGGCCGCUGCACUGCGCAGUGUGGACUUAUGGGCCGAUCUCACGCCGGAUUUGGACGUAUUUGCUUCGCUGAAUGAGGCGCUGGAGUGGACCGAAAAUGAGUAUCUUCGGGAAGUUUACACGCCCAGUCACGGUCAUGUUGCAACACACACAGAACCUCCCCGCGAUUCUUUGACCGAAGAGCACGGGGGCUCCCCGCGAAACCAACACUUGCGCGAGGCGGCAAAGGAUAUGCCGCAGAUGCAGUGCAUUGCUCGCCCGCACCCUGAAAAAAUGCGCUCGUUUUCGCAAGACACGUCGCCCGAGCGAGAGCUGCACCAACGCGCGGUGAACGUUUUGGAAACCACGCUGGGGCCGUACACAGACGGUCCAGCCUAUGAAGGCGUGUUUGAUGUCCUGGCAAAAGAGUUACAGGAAAUGACGUUAAUUAAGGGCACCGUAUUAUGGGAAGCGGGCGAUGCGCCGGAUGCACUUUACUUUAUCGAGUCGGGCGUUCUUAAAGCCCGCUAUGUGUUUAUCCAAGACGACUACGAAAUCAACGAGGCCAUGCUCGCGGGCACGAUUACCGGUGAGCUUUCGUUUCUUGCGCAGCAGCGGCGAAAUACGACUGUUACUGUCGACAAGGACGCCAAAGUAUGGCGGUUGGACAGCGAGUCGCUUCAUCAAAUUGGGCGCAAAAAUAUCCACGCGCGCAGCAAAAUUAUCCAACUUUUAUUGUGCGCCACUGCAGACGAACACGAUUGUCUCAUGUCGUACCUUGUUUCGCGCCUAACUUAA